UGACUUUCUGCAUCGACAUUAACAUAACGUGUAUUUUAUAAUCUUUGAAAAUAUUUAUUAUUUUACUAUCAAGUGACUAUAGAAUAAUUCUGAAUUUAAAUAUCUGCAAUUGAAAUUUUACGUUUAGUAACGUGAGCGUCUAGCAACCGCUGUUUUUAACAGUAAAAUACACGAGGCCAACUAAACCAGCAAUUAUGCAACUCAUAAACCAGCAAAGUUAUAAAAUUAUUAUAGCAGAUGAACCGGGAAGUCUAUCACGGGAAUUAGCAGGACUAUACAUUCCUGUAAUACAGAAUAUCGAGGGCGACGAUGGCGAUGAGAUAACAGCCAAGGAACUAGAGGAUGCGACAAACUAUGUCAAAUACUUUUUAGAGAGGGAUUUUUCAGACGAUUCACAAAACUCGGACACAGAAUCGGAAGAUGAUUCGGAUGAGGAAUAUGAUUGGACCCCACCUUCGUCUCCGAUACCAGUGACAAUUGGUGAUUUUGACGAGAAUCCGAUUGAUGACGAGGAGUUACAGGAGUUGAUUGCGGUUUUGGAUAAAAUUGUCCAGAAUAACCCUAAUUUACUCGAUGACCCGAGGCCAGUCAUUGACUUAGAACUAUAUAAGUAUGGAUCGUACUUGACAGGAUCUGACGAGUUCGUAUGGGAGUUUGAGUAUUAUAUUCAUGAAAAUCCAACAGUACGUGCAACGGAUUAAGAGAUUUGCUGCAAAAAACGAAAAAAAAAAAAAAUGUGUCUGCCAAAUAUUUAUGCGUCUACUUUUGAAUGUAACUAAAUGUUAAAUAUAGGUGUUUGCUUAAGCGUUCUGUAAACGAUCCACGUAUUUGAUAUAUAUAAAAAAAUGGAGUUUCGACUAUCAUUGAAGAUUUGAAUUGUGAUAAUAUUAUAGAAUGGUUAAAAAAGGAGUUAAAUAACAAAUAACUAUUACUCAGACUUAUGAUUUGAUAAUUUUGAUGAAAAGUUCUAUCUGGACAACAGUUUGUAACUUAUCGAGAAGGUUGGUCGUUUACAGGGCUCUUACGAUAUUUGAAUUACAUGCUACUCAACAGUAUAUAGUAUCAAUGUUGAUAGAGAGGAAAAUCAAUGUUUAAGGUUAGAAGCUCUUCGUACUUUUGAAGACGAAAUCAAGUUUCCAAGCUCAUUAAAUCAUUAACAUUGUGGAGCUAUCUUUAUAUCUUCUAUAAUCCUGGCUUUUAAAAUUGUAUAAGAUAAUAAUGUGUCUUGCAACGUGUCCCUCCCCAACAGUUUUAAUCUUAUACACUAUUAGUACAUAAGUAACUAAUUAAACUAACUCCUAAUCAAAAAACUUAAGCGAAUUUAUUUACAAUAUCAUUUGUAAGAAAUGUAUGUAAUCGUUAUUAUACUUUUAUGUCCUUAAAUAUUAUGUACUCCUUAUUGUACCGAACGAAAAUAAAUAAUUAAAUAAGAAUACCUAGAUGUAUUAAAAUAUUAAUGAAAAAAAAAGAGAAAAAAAAAAACCUGUCUGUAUAUGUAUCAAAAAUAAACGUAUUCAAAUCAUCAA